AAGAUUUGUAAUUCAUCGAGCAUGGCUUCUUCGGCAAACUCUGAAUCAUCAAUGAAAACAUGGUUUUAUGUCUGCUAGCUUAUAUCGUCUUCUUCCCUCUUCGUCCUUUAAAAAUUUGAACACUGUUUCUUGAAGAUCUGUAAUUCAUCGAGCAUGGCUUCUUCGUCAAGCUCUGAAUCGUCAAUGAAAACAAGAUAUUUUGAGGAUUUUAGGUCACUUCACUUCCACCUUAAGCCAAACCAGUACACCCUCUCCAACACACUCACCGCCUGUGCAAAACUGCGGGAUGUCGCCUUUGGAAACAAACUUCACGCCUAUGCUAUCUGGGCUGGAUAUAAAGCGUACUCCCAUGUCUCGAACAUUCUUCUCUCUCUGUAUGUGAAAGGGCAGGACUUGGUUUCUGUCAAACGGGUUUUUGAGGAGAUUGAGAACCCAGAUGUGUAUUCUUGGACUACAUUGUUGUCCUUCUGUACGAAGUUAGGGGAUGUUGGGUUUGCCUGUGAGGUGUUUGAUGGAAUGUCUGAAAAAUGAUGUGGCAGUGUGGAAUGCAAUGAUUACUGGGUGUGCGAAAAAUGGGUAUGAAAAGAUUGGGAUUGAUUUAUUUAAGGAGAUGCAUUCUUUGGGUUUUAGGCAUGAUAAUUAUAGUUUUGCUAGUGUUUUGAGUGUGUGUGUUCUUGGGAGAUGGUGGAUUUUGGGAGGCAGAUGCAUUCGUUGGUGGUUAAAUCUGGGUUCCUAGUUAGAGCUUCUGUGGUUAAUGCUCUUAUCACCAUGUAUUUCAACUGUGAAGAUGGUGUGGGUGCGUGUUCUGUAUUUUGAACAAGUAGAAACCUCAGUGCGUGAUCAGAUUACUUUUAAGACCAUAAAAGUAAUUUUAGGGU